AACUGAAGAAAGCAUUCUAAGUGAUUGCAGUCUGCCUACAAGUAAUUCAUCCCGGAACAAGAACAGCCUCAGGGUGAAAAAUGAUGCAGUUUAUGUUGCUUUUUAGUCGUCAGGGAAAGCUUCGACUGCAGAAAUGGUAUGUCCCACUAUCAGACAAAGAGAAGAAAAAGAUCACAAGAGAACUUGUUCAAACCGUUUUAGCACGGAAACCUAAAAUGUGCAGCUUUCUUGAGUGGCGAGAUCUGAAGAUUGUUUACAAGAGAUAUGCUAGUCUGUAUUUUUGCUGUGCUAUUGAGGAUCAGGACAAUGAACUAAUUACCCUGGAAAUAAUUCAUCGUUACGUGGAAUUACUUGACAAGUAUUUUGGCAGUGUGUGUGAACUUGAUAUCAUCUUUAAUUUUGAGAAGGCUUAUUUUAUUUUGGAUGAGUUUCUUUUGGGAGGGGAAGUUCAGGAAACAUCCAAGAAAAAUGUCCUUAAAGCAAUUGAGCAGGCUGAUCUGCUGCAGGAGUUUUCCCAGAUUACUUUGCAUCAUCAGCCUUGUGAAUGCCUGGGGAAUCUUAAGGUAAUGGCUUUGUCUUUUUUAAGGAACAUGGGUGGUUUUGAGAACAGGUGUAACUUAAUUCCUCUCAAUGUUUGUGAUCCUACACUUCCCAUUCCACCUGGUCCUUUUUGUAGGGGGGUGAGAAAAAGAUCAUUCUGAGUAUGGAGGAAAGUUGAACAUAUGUAUAUUAAGGAGAAGGAUCGAAUGUAAAGAGUGAUGAAAAACAGUUAUAGAAUAAAGGGGAAAGUAUAUUGGAAGGGUGAAUGGGAAUGGAAUCAGGCAUUGGUCUUGGGAAAGUAGAGUUUUUCCUUCUUUCUUGAGGAAGGAGAUAAUGUGGGAAAGUUGGAGAUUGUUUUUUUUUCUCAUGAGUUGAGCGAGUGAAAUUAAGAGUGUUGUCAUUUUCUUGGCUUUGGGAAGAAACGUCAGCUAAUGGAGAGCUGCUGGGGACUGAGAAGAAAGCAAAGGUAGAAAGCUUCAGGAAAAUGUUGAGGGUUUGGAAUAGACUUAAUGGAGAGCAAAUCAGUGAUGAGCACAGGAUUGAAGGCCCAUUUCAGAUUGAAAACGAUGAAUGCCUAGUCUUUAUUCAAAAAAUAGGUCCUCAGUAGUCUGUACUAAGGGCAACUUUGAUUUGUAUUUGUAUAACAACAACUGGAUUAAGUGUUUUCCUAUAGAAUUAUUUCUAUUUUCAUUCUGGCCUAUGUUCCUACCCAGUCUACAUCACUGACAUUUUAGUGUAUUAAGAAACUCCAUUUGCUGGGUAGUAGAGAAGACAGUUCUGCACAGGGCCCCUUAUAUGUUAUGACAGUUUACUCUCACCCUCCAAGUAUUCCAUGACUCCUAAGAGGUACUGGUGGUACAAGGGCCCAGAAUAUUGGAGUUAUGUUCAAUCCUUGGUUAAUUAUGGGCGUAUCUAUCAUUAAGUUAAAAAUCAACCUUAAAUGUUAAGUGGUUAUUAAUGCAUUUGUUUAUAGCGCAACAUUUUCAGACCCUAGCCGUCUGAAAUGGGAGGUUAUUUAAAAUAUGUUCCAGCAACUUAAAAGUAAAGUCAAAUAAUACAUUUCUUUUUAGGGUUUUUUCCUCCAAGGAUGUUUUUCCAAUAAACAGGGUUUUCUCUAUGAAGACUAUUCUUCACAGUUGAUGAAUGCUAAUUUCUUAUUCAAGUACAACAUUCUGGAUCAUUGGCUGUAAAAAAACAUUUUGGUUUAUCACCAACCCUUUCCUAAAGGUAGUGAAAGAUCUGUCACCUUUGAGAAAUGUUCCUAUAGAAUUAUUUGUUCUCUUUUAUAGUAAGUCUCCUCUGGGGAGGAAUGGUUGUGUGCUCAGCCCUAUUUGGGAAACUUUUAAUGGGCAUAAGCUGUCCAUGGUAUAAAAUUAAGAGAGACAACAAAAAGAUUAAAAGCUAUAAUAUAUAUGCUCAAAGAAUUGGUAUUAUUUAGGUGAAAGGUUAUUUGACAGACUUAAACUUUUCUUAUUCUCUCUCCAGAAAACAGCAUGAAUGUGUAUCACAGCGAGAGUUGCAUGGGGUGUAAGAAAGCAUACUAGAAUACGUGCUGGAGUACUGACAUGCAUCAAAAUGUAGUAGGAUAUAUAAUUCAGUUUGUAAUAAUAAGUUUUUAAAAUUUGUUAUUUAUAUUUUAGCAUUAUCUGAAAAGUCUAAUUACAUCAAACCCCAAGGGAU